AUGGUCUUUCAGCCGAUCAAGUUUGAGGAGGCUGGCUUGGUGGUGGUUACAGACAGCUCGCUGGGCACGGUCACGCGUGAGGGCUCAGCCGAAGCCCCGCCACUGGAGAAGGUCUACUCUCAGGCGUGCUACUUCGUGUUGCUGGCCGACCGGGAGUUACUCGCAGGCAGGCCUGGCAAGUUCAACGUCUUGGAUACGAGAUCGCACCGGCUAAGUCGCGUUUGCCGGUCGUCGUAUGCGGCCGAAACGCUCGGCGCCGAGGAGGCAUUUGAUGUUGGGCAGUUGUGCCGUGGGUUUGUGGCAGCUGCCAAGGGUCUACCUUUGGAUGGCAAGCACGCCAUCGACCGGAGCAUCAACUCAAUACCGCUGACGGUGGUUGUGGAUGCCAAGGACACCUACGACAAGGCCUCCUCUGACACCAGUUCUUUUGGCUCUCAGAAAUCGUUGGCUUUCACGGUGGCCUGGCUGCGAGCGGUGCUUCGGCGACCCAACACCAGUUUGCGCUGGACGGCGACGGCCAACAUGUUCUGCGACGCCGGCACCAAACACAUGGAUGUGACCCACCUGCAGGAGACGCUCCAUCGUGGUGAGUGGUGCAUUACCUACAGCCCGAACUUUGUCAAGCAGGUUUCCAAAGGAAAGAAAGUGGCCAAAGCCCCGCCGGUUACUACCAUCGACCUGCCGGGCCUUCCUCUGAGUGGAGAUGAUCCUAUGCUGGGAUUCCUGAUGAAGUUCGCGGAGAUGCGAGGCUGGCACAACCACAAGGACAUGGGCAUCAACAUCGCCCAUUCUGCCAAGAGCUUCCGAACUCCGGAGCCUCGCUUCAGCAGCGCUGUCUACCCGUUGCGAACCACUUUCGGCCGCUUUGAACGUCCAACUGGCGAGGUCUGCUGGAGAGUGCUGGAGCGAAACAAUCGUUACCUCGAAGAGGCAAACCAGCAUCAGCUUUUGGACCAGCCUGCACCAGUACUGGUCACUUGCUUUGCACAGGAAGCAAGGGGCCCUAACCGCGAAGGAAACUUGGAGUGA